AUGGCAGAGCAAGGGAGGCAAGGUCGAGUUGAUACGCCAGUAGUUUUCAACCACAAUUUAAUGUUGAAAGAAAUUCGUAGUAGUCUAAAGCAUCUACGCCGCGAACCAGAGAAUACAAACGAGACACAGCAGCCAAAUGGGGUAGCACACGUUACAUAUCGCGGCAAUAAUAUCACAAAUUCUCAAAACCAUCAAGUCAAUAACCACCAAGCGAGAUUUUCUCAAAGAAAUCACUUUGUCGAGCCGAACAGAGGUCGGCACGAACACAAUAUACAAGGCAAUCGUAAUUACGACGAGUCUGGCUACUCUAGUUCAAGUUCUGAAUGUUCUUCGCAAAGCGCAAACGAUUUUAAUGGCCAACAAUACGGAGCAAACAUCGAGGUAUGUGGAAUUUAUUGCUGUUUUCUUUCCACAUAAAAACCUACGCUUUUCGAAAUCGUCGGCGUAAAAUAAUACUUGGCAUGCGAAAAUAUUUCCAUCCUUUCUAAGCUGACUCGGUUUUGAAACGCAUGCAAAUUUCUUGUUGUUUGUAAACGGCAUUGUUAUUGAAAAUUGGCAAAUUCCAAAGAAUACACUUCGCGGUUUUCGGGCCGAAAAGUUUAAUGGCUUCUCUUUCAUUAAAACAAUUUAAAGGUAAGAGCAAUUUAAUUUGGUUUUGUUGUAACGUUAUCGAGCCAAUGUUUGAGAUUGCUUUGUUGAUGCGAGCGGUGUGCCACGAAUUUGUAUUUACCCCAGUGAAUAAUAAUAAAUAGUGCUUAUCGAUCGCGGUUUAUAGGUUCACAUAAUUCCGUUUCGCGUGUGUGACUGUCGAGGGUUUGAAAAUUCCACACAUAAUUUGGUUUAAAAAAUUGCGUCCUAAAUCGUCGCCUCACGCAAAUUUGUUUCAUUUGGGAAUUCGAAAACGUUCCGUAUUUCACGAAUGUCACAAUGUGAAACAACAAAGCUGUUUUUAUUUCGGCGUAGGAUGCUGUGUUUGUCUUUAAAAAAUGCCGGUUGCUAGCCGAAAAAUAGACUGGUGUAUUGUGGCGCUAUUGUACAGCGAUUUGGGCUAAAAAAUACGCGGAAAUUCCCGUCUAUAUCGCGAUAUUUUUUAAUAGUACCCUUCGAAUGAAAUUGACAACUUUUUAGAACGAUUCGGGAAGCCAUUUAACUGCUGCUGUAUUUUAAAGCUCGUGGGAAAAUAUGGCGAUUUUGAAACGCCUCGUAUUAAAUUUUCGAAAAUCUGCUCGCUAGAUUUGCCCCCAGAUGAAAUGUACAAAACAGACACGCGUACACAUCGUUGGAAAUCUUCAAAAACAGGUCAAAAAUGGCCAUAUUCUGUAGUGUUUAUAAAAGGGCACUUGAAACUGCAUAUAGUUGCAGAAAUUAUAGCCACAUCUUUGGGAAUUCUGCAGUAAUAGUCAAAGUGUCAAGCGAUCGCUGCGGUUCUAGCGCUGUUUGUAUAAAAUCGGCAAUAUGUAGUAUACUCAAAGAUCUGUGCACUAUAUUUUGGCCAUCAUAUAGCCUAAAUCUGCGCUAUUAAUUUCAGAUGUGAUUGCAUUAUUCUUUAUAUGACAAAGCUAUGAAGUUUCGAGGCAUUAAAAUGAGACAUUACGCGCCCAUAUUUGGGUCUGAAAAUUUUUUGAAAAUGAGAUACCAAUCAAUAUUUCAACUCAAUGCUUUCUGAGUUUCAAGAGAAAAAUACUUCUUCAGAAAUUUGAGUUAUUCUUCUCUGAUAGUUUAUAUACAAAAACCGCAGACAAAGCUUUUUGCUGUCUUUAAAAACAUUCAUUCAUAUGGCUUAAAUAAUGGCGAAAAUCGCAUGUGAAUAGAAGGUUCUGGCAAUAAAUAACAUUUGAAUGAUAAAAUUGACUGUGUCCAAAAGCUUUUGCAUACAAAAAUCGUUUCCUAUUGAAUUAUUUCUUUGCUUUACACUCGAGCUAAAAUCACAAACUAUAUAUGGUUAAAGUUAUUCACGAAAUGUUUAUUUUGCUUGAGUUAUUCAAUUUUACUGCAAAUGCAAAUUCCAAUGUCAGUAGGUAAUUGGAUAAUAUCUUAUUGGUAGGGUCAGUAUAGGCUCUAAAAUAUCUUUUUCAGGGCCGUCUGACAAAACGUCCGAUGAUGUUGAGUCGGGCAGUUCACUUGUUGUACAUUACUCUGAUUUUCCAUUUAACAUACAAGCCUCUAGUCCUGGACUAGGGUACAUUUUGAUUUACGUUGGACGAAGCUACAGUUUGUCCGGACACAAAUACAUUCGGGUCGGACAAACAAACCUUGGUUUCACUUCGGUUGGACAGAAUGUCCGGUGACUUCCUCUGUACGUCGGACAAUUUCACGAAUCGGUCGGUCAAUGUCUGUGACCAACCAAUAUUUUAAGGCCUAUAUUCGAGACAAUAUUCGACAGUGAUAUUUUGAAUUUAUUGGAAAUUUGUCAUCAGACGUUCUCUUCACAAGCUGUCAACAAGUUGUGUUCACAUUGGCUGUAAUGCUGUUCCCGGUUGUUGUAACAAGUUUGGAACAGGCUGCUAACAAUUUGUAACAAGCUUCAAAGUUGUUCUGACAAGUCUGAUACAGUCAUGAUAUAACAAGAAUGUUACAAGGUUGACGACACAAGGUUGUAACGAUAUUGUUGUAUCAUGAUUGUAUCGGACUAGUUGGAACAACCUCGUAACAAGCCUGAUAAUGCCAUCAAGCUCGUUACAACUUGUUAACAGCUUGUUCCAAACUUGUUGAAAACUUGGGACAAGCAUUGCGAACACAACUUGUUGGCAGACUUGCUACAAGAUUUUUGCAACUUGAUAUAUGCUCUGACAGACUUUAAAAUCUCAUCACAUUAUCGAUAUUCUGGAUUUAAAAUUGACCGAUUGAAUUUGUAACUGUGAAAUAAUAAAGUGGAUCCAUUGAAGGAAGCAUGAACGUGCAGUUAGAGGCCGGCGACUACCUCUCUGUAGCUUGGUUGGUUAGAUCGCUGCACCGAAAUCACAGGGUCAUAUGUAUGAUGGAUCUAUAACGCAACAUUAUAAUGGAUAUUAAAGAUGCUACGACCAUGAUUCAUAAUAAAGUUUCUGAAACGUCCUCUGAUCGUAAAAUUUAUUUAAAACACGAGCUUUCAACGCUCUGCGCGUCUGCAGAAAGAAAAAGAAAGCGCGUCUGCAGACUGGCAGUUGAAAGCUUGUGUUUUAAAUAAAUUUUACGAUCAGAGAAUGUUUCAGAAACUACAUUAUAAUGGAUGAUGGGUAUUUGGAAAUUGUUGAUUUAUAUACAUUUAUUAGACUUAACCAGGAACAGAACCGAAAAAUGCAACCCUAGGUCCCUGGCAGGAAUCGAGCCUGCAGCCCUGCGAUUCCGUUGCAGCGCUCUAACCAACUGAGCUACAGAGAGACAGUUGUCGAACUCUAACCAACUGAGCUACAGAGGCCAGUUGUCGAACUCUAACCAACUGAGCUACAGAGGCCAGUUGUCGAACUCUAACCAACUGAGCUACAGAGAGACAGUUGUCAAGCUCUAACCAACUGAGCUACAGAGACCAGUUGUCAAGCUCUAACCAACUGAGCCACAGAGGCCAGUUGUCAAGCUCUAACCAACUGAGCUACAGAGGCCAGUUGUCAAGCUCUAACCAACUGAGCUACAGAGGCCAGUUGUCAAGCUCUAACCACAAGUUCAUGUGUAUAUACUGGGGUACUGCCAUGUAUAGAUUAUGGGUAAAUAUCAAGAAUUUUGAGGCAUCUCAAAAUAAAUGUAUAUAAAUUUCCACUCGACAAUUUCCAUCUACAAUACCCAUCUAAUAUUAUUUAUUCGAGUGAGAUGCCUCAAAAAUCUUGACAUCAUAAUGUAUAAUGGGGGAUGUGGAUUGACAAUGUAUUUAUAAUGUAUAAAAUUUUCCCUUGAAAUUCUACCUACAAACUGCAAAUUCCUCAAAAUUUGUGAAAACUUUAUGCAAGCAUGGGUAUUUUGGGAUCUGCUAGUAUCUUUACAGUACCACUGAAAUUAUUUUGAAAAGUAAAUUUUCGUGUCAUGAGGUUUGUUUUUUUUGUAAACCACUUUAAAAAUGGCUUGCGCACAAAUGAAAGGCUUAAAACGCAAUUUGGUGCGAAUUUAGAAGGUGUUUUAUGUACUAUUUAAAACAUGAGCAGCAGUGUUUUAUCAGAUGUAAUGAUACGAGGCGAAGCCGAAUAUCUUUAGGUCUGAUAAAACACGCACUGCGAAUGUUUUAAAUUGCUUCAAAAACGAUCGAUCUAGAAAGUUCAUUGCGAGCGAAGUAAUUUUCAAAAAAUACGUCAUGUAAGUCGAGAAAAUCAAAGUUAAAGUUUAUGUAAAUCAAGGGAAAUCUCUAUCACACAUAAAGAUACGACACGCUUAUGAUUUUUCUUUGUGUUUUCCUCAUGAAUUUUAAUGAGCUUUUGAAGCGCUAUCAAAGUUCCAGACAUGUACAUAAACUCCGCCUAUGCGCAACCUCUAAAACUUGGACUUUUUCCAUAUUAUUAACCUUCCACACAUGACGCAUAAUUUAUCUCAUGCGUGAAUGAUUUCACGCAUGAUUGUUUUCUUGAAACGUUUAAAAAUUAUGCGUGAAAGCUACUGUGGCAAAAAAGUCCACCGGUUUAAAGGUCGCGCGUUGAACUUAAUGUACAUCAAAUUAUUCAAAUAUUCAAAUUGUCUGGUACCUUGAUAGUUCGUCUGUUCAUAAAACACGUCCCGAAUUUGCACCUUGGCCUGGGAAUUCAAAUUACGUUUUAAGCCUUCCAUUUUUUUGCGCGAGCCAUUUUUAGAGUGGUUUAUAAAAGCAGCCUUUCUGCGCUCGAAAAAUUACUUUUCAAAAUAAUUUUAGUGGUAAAGAUAUUAGCGGACCCCAAACUACCCAUGCAUGCAUAAAGUUUUCACGCAUUUUGCGGAAUUUUCGGUUUAGCAAACAUUUUCAAACUGUGCAGGUUUUUUUUUAAUACACCCUGUGAUGUAAACGCGGCCUUAAUCUGAAAUAUCAUGUUUCAACUAAUGUUUUCUUAAUAUAAUUCUGGCCUUCGUUUAAUUAAAGAAAGGUAUUUUUGUUAAUUAGAUUGACUAAUUACGCACAGUCAUUAAGAUCUGAACUCCGAACUCUCGGCAGCGAGAAAAUAGAAUCUCUUAUAAAGCGUACCUUACUAAAGGAAUACCGAAUGGUUUUCCGUGCAGGACUGCGUCAUCCAUGCGCGAGAGAUGUCGCGAGACUUUCGGAAAGCGUAAAAAUACUCGAGCCGCAGGCGAGUGUAUUUUUACGCUUUCCGAAAGUCGAGCAACAUCCCAAAUGCAUGGAUCACGCCAUCCUGCUUCGAAAACCAUUUGGUAAUUGUUUUAUAAAAUAACUACAGUGAAACAAUGACAUUUUGAGAAUACCGCGAAAAUCCCGCGAAGGCAUUAUAAUUCCUCGAAUCCUCGUGCAGGAUAGCCUGAUCCUGCACGGCUAUUGACCAAUCAAAUUGCGUGUUUCACUGUAGUUAUUAUGUAAUUUGUUUUGCUUUAUACAAAGCGCUGAUUCGGCCAUAUUUUGAUUAUUGCGCCCCUUUGUGGGAUACAUGCGGGAAGGUCCAUAAAGAUAAAUUACAGAUGCUCCAAAAUAGAGCGGCGCGGGUUAUAACGGGAGCAAGAUUUGAUGUCAACUCGGCAAAGGUACUGGAGCAUCUGCAAUGGUCCACGCUCGAUGUAAGACGUCAUAGGCUGAAGCGUUUUGACGUACAAAAUCUUAUUAAUGAGCAGUCCGCUCCGAGUCGUAGAGAAAAAUGUAUAACAAUUAAAGAUCUUAAUAGAGAAUAUAAUCUUCGAAGUAAUGAUACUGAUCUAGCUCUUCCAAAACUUAAAACAAUCUAUCGUAAACGAAGUUUUAAGUAUAGUGGUGUAAUGCUGUGGAAUAGUCUUCUUUCUGAGGCGAAAAAUGUGUCUUCGCUUUACCAAUUUAAACGCAGUAUGUCCACUAUACCAGAGACUUAGGAUGUGUGUUAAAAUAGUUUGUAAGUAUAACACGCCCCAUCUGAAAAUCAACAGUAUGUAAGUAUAAGUAAGACUAAGUAUGCUAGUGCAAAAAUUAUUUGGUGAUUCCAAAAAACAAUGGACUAAAUUUUGCUAUAGACUAUAGACUAAAUUUUGUCAGCUAUAGACUAAAUCAGCUUUUAUCAGCUAUAGACUAAAUUUUGAUCAAGGCAAGAAGAACGAAAUCCAACACCACAGCUAGAAAGAGCGUCUUAGAAUGAGUAAAACUGCAAAGUUUGGUUGUUAAAUGUUGUUAAGUGAAGAAAAUAUAACUUUGCGAAGUUCGCAAAUUUUGUAUAUAUUUGUAUUACGCGCGGUAAAAAUAACCACUUUCAACUCAAAAAUGGUUAUUUUUCACGCGCGCGUAUAAUAAUAUAUACAAAAUUUGCGAACUUCGCAGGGCUAUAUUUUACUCAUUUUACAACAAUUCGCAACCAAACUUUGCAAUUUUACUCAUUUUAACAUGCUCUUUCCAGUUAUGAUAAUGGUUUCAAUACUUGGACAUGCUCAGCUAUACAUGUCGUAAUACAACCGCAAUAUAUUCCGGCGCAAAAUUUACGCGCAGUAUGAACUCAGAAUUGGCAUGACCCUUAUUUUGAUGACGUGUUGUGUACGCGAUUUACUUUAUCACCGGAUUUUUCUAUUUCGCGAGAAAACAUUCCGCAUUUCGAAACUGAAUAUAUCAAUCAACGUUAGUCAAUCAUCGUGGGUCAUAAAUCAUGCAGUCAUUUCUCAAACAGGAAAAUUUUCGAAUUUUUGUAUCUCUGAAAAAUAUUUUGUUUCUUCGUAUAAAGCUAUAAAGGCUAUCGCAAUGCAAUGAAGAUCAUUGCAUUCAGAAAGGACUAACUUAGAUUUUUGAUAUAUAGCGCUUGAAUUUAAAUGCAAUAUAGACUGCGCUUAUCUCUGAAAAAUAUUUUGUCUAUUCCUGUAAGGGUAUCCCAAAAAAAACUGGACACAGUUCGAUUUCAUGUAACGUGUAACGUAAAAGCUAUCGAGUCCAGCGGAAAAGUAAAAAAUCAUGCACUUUGUGAAGAAAGCACCAAAUUCACAGGAAGUGUAGGCUUUAACAUGAUAAUGAAUCUUAGAUAUGGAGGCAUCACCAAAAUUGAUGCUGACGGCUUAAAAUUUACGAUUUCUUAUAUUCUCUUAUUAAACUCUAUUACUGUUUAAAAUUGUGAAAUUGCAGGUUCACAUAUAGCAAAAAUGACUUGCAUGAUUAGAAAGCUUACAAAAAACUACAUAUAAGACUUUUAAACGGCUGAUUGAUUUUCCAAGCGGUUUUCCAGUUAUUGCUAUUUAAAAACGUGAUAAAUAGGCAAAAAUCCCGCCAAAGUCCUGGACACUAGCCCUAAAAUAUAUUUUCAACCGCUCAUUGGAAAAUCAACCGCUCAGUUGGAAAAUCAAAGUAACUGCUUAAAUGUCUUAUAUGCAGUUUUUUGUAAGCUUUCUAAUGACGCUUGUCAUUUUUGCUAUAUGUGAACCUGCAAUUUCACAAUUUUUAAUUGUAUAAGAGAUUAAUAAGAGAAUAUAAGAAAUCCUAAAUUUUAAGCCGUCAGCAUCAAUUUUGGUGAUGCCUCCAUAUCUAAGAUUCAUUAUCAUGUUAAAGCCUACACUUCCUGUGAAUUUGGUGCUUUCUUCACAAAGUGCAUGAUUUUCUCAAAUAUCUGUGCAUAUCCGCUGGACUACACUUGAAUUUACAUGUAAUAUUGACUGCGCUAUUGAUGUUUGAACGUCGAACUACUGUUUUUGAAAAUGCCAAAAAUUAGCAUAAAACAAGCUUAUAGUUACCGAUGUAGUCACACUUGUUGAAUAAUAAAUAUUUUUCAUUUGGUUAUAUCUCGCUCAAUAUUGCAUGUAAAUUCAAGUGUUACAUAUCAAAAUCUAAGUUAGUCCUUUCUGAUAGCUUUUAUAGCUUUUACGUUACAUGAACUCAAACAGUGUCCAUUUUGGGGGAACACCCGGCAGAUGUAUCGAUUAAGACGUACUUGUUUUGAGGAGAAAAUUAGUUUAAUUUCCUGAAGGGAAAUUGCAAUGUAAAGUUUUAUUUUCUUAUUUGAAAGAACUUUUGAAACUAUAUAUUAACUUCUUUUAGUGAUUUUUCAUAUCUUGCUUAGUUCUUGAAAUAUUUUCACUUGAAGUAAUGAGAUGUUCCUCAUCAUCUUGGAUACAUUUUUUAUCUCAUUAACGGUAGUUUUGGUGACGUCACAACAGGGAUUAACCAUAUAAAAGUAUUCGUUGCUGACCAAAUAUUGAUUGGUAGAUGUUUUUAAAGGUUUUGAGUGAUCUUGAUAUUUCGAAGGGCAGACAAGAGUAUAGUUUUGAGUGCAAAAUGAUUAGUGUUUGUCUAGAUAAAAAUAUUGCGUGACCCCUAUUGACGUGACAUGCAUAUCUAGAAGAAUUGAAGAUGGCGGCCAUUUCAUUCCUUUCGAUCAAAAUAUUUGUAGAAAUAAGUAAGAUAUGAAAAAACGGUAAAAAAAAGUAUUACAUAUAGUCUUAAAGGUUCUUUCAAAUGAGAAAAUAAUAAAAUAUAUUGCCAUUUCCCUUUAAUUAACAUGAUAAAGGAAACCGUGGUUCCUUGUGGUCUGUCAAAAACAGACUGAAUAGUUAUUUAUCGUGGUUGAUUUCCUGUUUCUGGUCAGCGCUAACCUGCCAGGCUAGGUCGUCUUUGACUAUACACGUCAAGGUUUUUUUAUACGAAAACCGCAAAUCAUCUCAAGGAAAUUUUAUUGCCUACUCAAGGAAAUCUACUGAAAUUUUGACACGAAAGCAAUGCCAAUAUGUUUCUGUUCCCAUAUAAACGAAAAAGUAUAUAUUUAGUAUAGGAAUUAAUAACAAAGGCGGGAUCUCGCCUAAACUCGGAUACCAGCUUGCCCCAUACGAACAGCUCCUAAACAGCGUGUCCCCCAAAAAAGUAUAUCUUUUUAAAUCAAUCCUUUGUUGGAAUUUGAAUGCCAUAUUACUAUUCUGAACCGAUGUGUGCGUAAACAGAAUAGAAGUGAUAUGACUAAUUAGUAAUUUGACAAAUUUUUAUGCAGUUACGCACUUUAAUUCAUACGAUUAGAAACUAUUUUAAAUUCCCAGGAAAAAAGUAGAAAAUACCCACCCCUGGCCAACAGCUUUACAAAAGGAUACCGUUCAGUUGUCACACAUGCCCUUUACCACCCAGAAGUGACUUGUGCAAUUUUCUGAAGUCUGAAGUUUCAUGUUGUCUGCACAUGUACUUUCUUCGGAGACACCGUUUGCCUCCUGACAAAUCGGAAAAUGAUCGAGAUAGUCAGGGACCCCGGAACGAUGUGAAGGCAAGGGGGGCAGGUUUUCGUGAAAGGGCACUUUUGAAUUGAUAUAUACUAAGAGAUGUUUGCAAAACUUCGGGCAGUUGAAUUUCGCCUAAUCAUGUUUUCUAUUUAUUGGAUGAUAGGGGUGUGAGGGGGUUCUCCGCCAGGCGAUUGUGCUGUUCUUGAAGCUCGAUGACUGCAUUUCUUGCGUUUUCUGAAGCAAAUUCGUAAAAGAAUUGCACUAACAUUUCUGACAAUUCGCUAUUUCGCCAAGCCAAUCCUUUAAAUUGAAAGGGCACCUUGGCCCCCCUUGCCCCUCCUGGUAAAGGGAAAAGGGGGCGGCUGCCCCUCCUGCCCCCCCGCCAGUUCCGGCGUCCCUGAAGAUAGUGACUGCGAUUGAUUUACAUAUCGUAUUGGCUUAUGGCUUUGGACAUUGCUUUUUAGUCUUCAAUAUUCGAGCGAGUCAUGCUUUGGAAACGACAAUAAAUUUUUAUCACCCAAACCUUGAGUUGUUUUGUUUUUCAUUUCCCCAACCUUUUACUCAACCUUUUUCUCUUCUGUAUCUCUCCGCGCCAUAAAUAAUGACCCCUCCAUAAACUUAUGCUAUUUCUUUACUAGGAUGCGUUAUCUCAGAAUCCUUUAUCGCCUGCCAAUUUUGAUUUCGUCCGGGCUAUGGCGCACAAUAAUGGUUUCCAGAGAAUAAACCCCAAUGCGAUGCGAGGCCGUGAACCCCCAACCUCCAUCAGCCAGAUGCAAUUCCUAUGA